AUGCAGGCCGGCAUGGCGCUGGCGCGGGCUCGCAUGCCGCCGCCGCAGGCUGCAGCGCGGCGUGCGCCGCGCAGCUUGCCGGGCGAGGCCAGUGCCCUGAAGGCCCCCUUGGCUCCCUGCCGAGGCCCGUGGCAGCCCCAGAGUGCCCACGGCCCACCUGCUGCUUCCGCGCUGCCGCUGUGCGGCCGCCGCUGUGCCGCGCGCGCGGCGGCGCGAGGGCCAGACGUCCCCGAGCGCGCCGCAAGCGCUGGAGGCGCGGCUGCGGGCGCGACCUACGUGAAGGUGUGGAUCGACAAGGUGCAGUGGGCCGGAGAGAGCGGCGCCGUCCUCUGCCUGCAGCAGGUGUACGGCGCAUCCCCCUGCCAGGAACUGCCAGGCACCGUGCACCUGCCGCUGGGCGCCGCGGAGGCCGACGACUUUCAGAGGGCCCUCUUCGGCCGCCUUGCCCCCGCUACGGGAGGCGACGACGCCCUGUGCGACGUGCGCGUGCACGGGUGCCCUGAGCCCUUCGCUGAGCUCGUCAUGAACGCGGAGGGGUGCGCGUUCCCGCACGACGCUCCAGAAAGUGGCCAAUUCUCUGCUGCGGACUUCCACGACCUGGGAGUGAAGCGGCACCGGUACGGGAUUGGCGAGGCCCUCGGCACGGCGCAUCGCCUGGAUGUGCCGGCGCUCGUGUGCACCUCUUACCUGCUGGAGGCGACGAGGGCCUGCCUGAGCAAGGCCAUGCUGGAGCUGGCGGUGCAGGGCGGCGCCGGGGAACGGCCAGCGCACGGGCCCGAUGACGCCUCGCUGAGGGCGCUUGAGCGGCAGCUGCAGAGCGUCCUGUCGCGCGGGCCAGAGGCCGGGUGUGGCAGCACACUGCGGGCAGCCAGCGCCUUCGCAUUAUACUGGGCGCUCCACCAGGGCAGGCUUGGCGACAGCAGCCCACAGCCGUUCACAGAGUUCUGCGCGCGGUACCUGCAGCUCGCUGGGGCGGCGGAUCCGCAGCAGCGGGAGCGCUGA